AGCCAUUUUGGCUCGGGCCACCCUGAGCCCAAGGAUACGGCUGGCCCCGGGGGGGGUCCGCGGGGCCUGGGCUCCCAAUUGUGUGCGCGCGCGCGCCGGCCGGGCCAUGGCCGCGCCCGGGCCCGGGAGCCGGAAGCGCCCAGCGGAGGGCCUGGCGGAGAGCUGGAGCCGCGCACCUACACGUGCCAGAGGAUCCUGGGCAAGGGCUCCUUCGGCCUGGUCUACCAGGCCGAGGUCCAGGAGAACGGGGGAGGUGGUGGCCGUGAAGUCCACCCGCAUGAAGAAGGCGGGGGGCGAGGCGUGGAUGCAGCUGAACGGCGAGAGCGAGCGCGAGGUGCAGGUCCUGCUAGAGCUGAACGGGCACCCGAACGUGGUGAACCUUCGCGGCGCGUUCCUGUCCGCGCCGGCCGACGGCAAGGACGAGCAGGAGUACACGCUCAACUUGGUGCUCGAGUACAUGUCGGACACGCUGCACCGCGUCCUGAAACACUACAUGAACGUGCGCCGGAAGAACAUGGAUCAGUACUACGUCCAGCUGUAUCAGUAUCAGCUUCUGCGCGCGGUGGGCUUUAUUCACGGGCUGGGCAUAAUGCAUUGCGACAUAAAGCCGCAGAAUCUCCUGCUGGACGGCCGGACGCACACGCUGAAGAUGGCCGACUUCGGCACCGCGAAGCGGCUGCACGUCGGCAGAACGCUCGCAUCGUACGUGUGCAGCAGGUAUUACAGGGCCCCAGAGCUCAUCCUGGGGUCCACCACCUACGGCACCAGCGUCGACCUCUGGUCGGCAGGGUGUGUCCUGGGGGAGAUGAUAUUGGGCCAGCCCCUGUUCACAGGUGGCGACGGUAUCGAUCAGCUGGUGCAGAUCAUCAAGGUAAUCGGUACGCCGACACCCGAGGAUCUCAAGGCAAUGAACUCGUGCUACCCGCGGUACGCCUUCACACCAAGUGUUCCGCCGCUGGCGUGGGACAAGGUGUUCAAGCACACGGCCUCGAAAGAUGCAUGCGAGCUGGCGGGGCAUCUUCUGAAGUUCGAUCCAGCUUCUCGACUGCCGCCUCUGUACUGCCUGAUGCACCGGUUCUUCAACGCGCUGAGGUCAGAGGAGAAGCUCGAGCACCGGCCGCUCUUCGAAUUUCUGCCAGAGGAGCUCCUCUGGUGCAGCGCCGCCGAGAAAGAGCGCCUGGUGCCCAAAUGGAUGGAGGCGCCUGCCAGCUAGCGAGCUAGCGAGAGGCCCUGGCAUCCUGCGUUGGGCGCGGACAUUCCAUGUCCACUUGCCCAGGGGUGCUAGAGGAGCUCGUGUAGCAGGCGCAGGGGACGCCCACACACAAAAAUGCUGAUGCUGCGUGGUGGGUCCGGGGCGCCAUGAGCGUCGGAGGCGUCAACAGCGUUAGAGGCGUCUGGGGCGUCAGGGGCAUUAUUGUCAUCAGGGGUAGGGCGUGCGUCGUUGAACCCUCUCCCGUUCCCGUCUCCCCCCCCCUCCUCGCCCAUCCUGUUCUCUCC